AUGAGCAACCCGCUGCUUAUAUUCCCCUCUCUUUCUCGCCCGCACUGGCGGCCAUCACAACAACAACAGCAGCAGCAGCAGCCAACACACCCUCCACCGCCGAUGCAGCAGCAGCAGCAGAGAAUGCACCACCACCACCACUUGCUGCUGAGCACAUUCCCCAGCCAACCAAGCAACCAACCCAUCGCCCACUGCUGCUGGCUGUUUGCAGCUGGGAACAGGUGGCGACAGCACAAGUUGCAUUUUCGGCGGGCAGCAGCAGCAGAGGGAUGGAUGGAAUGGAUGGGGUGCAGCAUGUCUUGUUCCUUCCCUUCUGAUGAUGGGCGAUGCACACAUGAUGGAUUGGAGGAGCAGCUGCGGACACACACGUCCAUGGUCAUGGCGGGCACAUCCAACCACAGCGACGCAAUCAUCUCGGCCAUAACCAUCAUCACCACCAUCACCAUCGACCGCACAGCCGCCAUCACACGCCGGCCGACACCAGCUCCAAUCUGGCGUGAGGCAGAUAUUGCACAUGUCAGUCGCUCUGACGAAGAGGUGAGCAAUGUGCGUGUGCGUGCAUGCGUUGAGGAGGCGCAUGAAGCGGUGGAACCAACGAUGAUGACAAUGACGAGUGAUGAAGCAGUACCUGAUGUGGCUGCAUUGUGGAUGAACGGGCCCUCUGCCUCUGGGCCAUCUCCUCCUCCUCGUCCUCGUCGUCGUUGGUCCCCAACAGCAGCGGCUGCGGCUAUGGAUGUGGAGGAUGUGAUGUGCGUCGAUGUGCUGUUGCCUCACAUGACGACGAUGAUGAUGGUGGUGAGUGGACGGAGGCCGUUCUCUUCCCAAGCCCUCAUAACACGAGCAGGGCGAUACACGCACACACAAAUGUGCCAGAAAAGAAGGCGCAAGCCUUUCCCAUGUGAUGUGGAACUGUUGAGGCGUGCUCGAGACUGCGGCCAACACAG